UGAAAUUUAAAACAUAUGCAGGGAUUUGAAUUAACUCGUGUUUGUUCUUGUUUAUUUCAGCGCCGGGCCAACGUGUCUGUUGACUUCUCUCAGAACAAAGCCGUGGCGGUCUAUGAGCAAGGCAGGAGAGUCUCAGAUCUGAACACUAACUACACCUACACGAUUGACGUUUCCGGUGCGUGCACCAGGUCCCCUCUGCCUGUACUCGGCUUCCUCACUAAAUGUCUCCCAGCUUCGGCCGUGUACAUGGGUUCAGUGUUCGAGGGUUUCGUCAAAAAAGUCAGCCUGGACGCGUGGCUGAUCCCCGUGAGCCAGACCAUCAACGUCACUCUGCUCACCUUCACUGAGCCGGGGCAAACUGACUCCUACUUCGUGCUCAGGAGAGAUGAAUUCCCGCAAGGACGACAGAUCACCUUUGUCAGCAACCCUGUGGCUUCCAUCCCUGACUCCAGCAUUUUCAACGUCCCCGCCGUGUGCCCAGACACCCCGGUUAAUUAAAAGAAGGAACUGCUCAGCAGAGUUUGAACAGAAGGAUGGUUCCGUUCGUUAGUUGUUCUGUUUGUUUUGGUAAAGUGUUUUACGGCGCUCGUAACUGCAUAAGGUCAUAUGAGCGCGCGGGUUAGUUGUUCUUGUUUGAUUAAACGUUGAUACAUAACAAUAACAACAACAAUAA